CAAACAACAUCACUGUGAUCAGAUGUUUUCUUUCUAUUUUUUACCCCGCUGUCAUAUUUGUUGUGUGUUUAUGUUAUUGACAGGAAAGCGCGCAGCACAUAUUUAUAAGGUGUUGUUAUUCAAAAUACGUUUUCCACUUGCUUGCAAAAAAGUUCUCAAAGUGCUCAUGGCUGAAAGCUGCUCGGGAAUAUUUUUCUCAUUAACCAUAAUGUAACGCAACAUUCAACUGCUUUAUAGUAGUUUUUAGUUAUCAGGCUUACUUAUACUUUUACUGUUUUUAACAUAACAUGCAAUAGAUAAAAUACACCACAUAAAGUAGUAUACAUGUCUAACUAUACAGAGUAGUAUUUUUUACAUUUCUGAUUGGGCGGGCCAGCUGUCAAUCUGGCUCCGCGCCUGGUGCCUAUAAAGACACUCGAUCUUGUUCAAGUGUUUUUACAGUAGGUCUGUUUGGUGAAGGGAACCACAAGUGAAAGCAGGAGACAUUGUUUAUACAUUGAGGAUAUCACACAACCUGGAAGCAGUCAUGGCAGAGUCUGUCUCUAAAAGUCAUGUGCUUGAUACCUCACUGGAAGACAAAUUAAGCGAAAUUCUUAAAAACACCAAAUUAAUUAAAGGACCCACUACAAGAUAUAUACUCAACACAACAAAGAUAACUGAAGGAGAAUUACUGAGAAAAGAAAGGAUUGGAGAAAAGGAUGAUAAAAAACCUCAUAAGGUCAUAUUGCUGGUUGGAGAAACUGGAUCAGGGAAGUCCACUCUCAUUAGUGCAAUGGUGAAUUACAUCAUGGGUGUUAGAUGGGAGCACAAAAUUUGGCUGGAGGUUGUCGAGACAUCUGAAGACCAAACUGAGUCUCAGACGACAGCAGUUACAGUUUAUGAGGUUUUUCCACAAGACAGUCCAUUCUCCCUCACCAUUAUUGACACACCUGGAUUUGGUGACACAAAAGGGGAAGGUGAAGACAAGCUCAUUGCUGAAGCUUUACAGCAGUUGUUCAGAUCUGUGGAUGGGAUUCAUGAAAUUUAUGCAGUGUGUCUUGUCCUGAAGGCAACAGAUGCUCGACUUCAUGACAGACAACUUUAUAUUUUUGAUGAAAUUCUGUCAUUAUUUGGCAAGGACAUAGAGAAACAUAUAUCCAUACUCAUUACAAAUGCAGAUGAAAAUGUCCCCAAAAAACCACUUAAUUUAAUAAAAACAUCUAAAAUUCCAUGUGCAAAAAAGAAAGAUGAUCAACCUAUUUAUUUUAAAUUUAACAACUGUCAGAGCGAAUGUUAUGAUGAGGAAGACCGAAGCAGUUACAAAUCAUCAUGGGAUCGUGGAAAUGAAAACUUAAGGCAGUUCUUUGAUUAUCUGAAUGGGCUGAGCCCAAUAAAUGUAUAUAUGACUGAAGGUGUGCUUAGGAGCCGGAAGCAACUAAAUGCUAGUGUGAAUAAUUUGAAGAAUCGAAUCGAGUGGGCAGAAGGUAAAAAAAAGGAGCUUGAGCAAACCAAGGCAGCUGUGAAAGAAUAUGAGCAAGACGGAGGAAAUCAGAAGAACUAUACAUUUGAAGUUGAUGAACAAUAUAAAGUUUUGGUCGAGAUACAGUCGUCAUGGUGGCAUUUGAGCAAACGUGCGAUGCGCUGUCCUAAGUGUGAAGAGAACUGUCACUAUCCAGGAUGCUGGUGGGUCAACUCUCUCUCCCAGUGUAGUGUGAUGAAUAAAGAUGGAAAGUGCACAGUCUGCAAGAAAUGUGAGCACACAAAACAUAAGAAGGACAAUCAAAUAUAUGAAAGAAGGACAAAAAAAGUCAUGCGAACAAAUGAAGACCUUAAAAGGAAAUAUGAAGAAUAUACUGAUAAAAAGAGUUUGUUGAGCAAAUUAGAGGAUUCGAUAAAGCAGGCCGAUGCAGAGAAGAGCAGGCUUGUUGAAGAGUGUUAUCAGUGUUUAGAGAAAUUAAUGGACACUGCAUUAAAAUCUACCAGCAUGUCCUGUUUCAUUCAUCUUGACUUUAUGAUUGAGAAACUGAAAGAAACUGGAAAUCAAGAAAGAGUUCAGAAACUUGAAGAACUUAAGAGAAGAGCUCUGGAAGAAAACACAGGACUAAUUAGAUGUGCAUUAAAGUAUGUACAAAGUAGCGCAUGAUAAGGGCAACAAAAGGCUGUACAGUGUUUGUGCAGUUCAUGUUAGAUGAGAUAUAAGUCUCUACAGUAUCUCCCAGUUAGUCAUGAUUCAUUCUUCUUCUUCAAACUCUUUCCUCUGGGUCUUUUAUAGCUUGUUUAUUGUUUCACUAAAGAAACCUUUAAUCCAUGAUAAUCCAAGUUAUGAUAGCUGUGUAAACAACUUACUAAAGGGCACAUGAUGUGCAAAGAAUCAUAUAGUGGCAAUUUAUAUAUAAAAGUAAAUAAGUUGUUAUAGUGAAUAUAAUAGUGAUUGAGAACAUUGUUUGUAUUGAGUAUGACAAGAUAUGUCAGUUUAAUUUGUUGUAUUUGUAAAAAGAUGAUUUUUGUGACAAAAUACAGUAGCUUAUGCUAACAGUUGUGUUACAACUUUUUAAAAGUAUUAACCGUAGAUUUGAGAAUAGUGUGUGUAGUGUUUUAAAAAACGAUAGGUUAAGUGUAAUUUGUAAAAUGUAUGAUCAAUAAUCAUAAGCAAGAUGUUAUAGAAUGAUCAUUUUGAGAGCAUUGUCCUUAGUUUAGUGUAAAAUCAGUAGAGAAUAACUGUAAAUAAAAGAAACAAACGUACAAUAUGAAAUUGUUUAGUUCUUGAAUUGUCAUUUUCAUGCAUUUUCAUUCAUUUCAGAAAUAUGAUGAUAUUUAAUGUUAAACUUUGUGAGUGGCACGACAUGGAUUUUUGCAGCGUCCAGAGUCACAGCGGACAGCCACUUUCAGACGCCGCCGGUGUGCGUACA